AUGAAGAUCUUUGCUGGCCUACUACUCCUUGUGGUGCUCGGCCAGGCAACCGCCUCGCUUUACGACAAAGAUGUCAUCGACGUGUACAAGUUGGCUAACAAAACUCCAACAAGUGUAGGCAAGUUUACAAAACUUCAACAAGUGUUGGCAAGUUUACAAAACCACAAUAAGUACAGAGUUCAUAUUAUUGUGUUGGCUCCAGGAGGAGAGGCAGAGGAUCCCGGCUGGGUGGGUGCAGGCAAGACAGACAGCGAGGUGGUCAAGUCCAGGGCAAGGCGCUUCAUCAACCUACCCCCAAACAGCAUCUUAAGUUUAAUUUUCACGCUAUCGAUAUCUGCGCCGGGUCUUGCUGAUAUCGGCUAUGUGCAGCACAUCGCCAACGCCACCUUCCGCCUCCCCAAUAACACCAUCAACUUCGGCAGGAACUUCCAGCACGGAGCCUCAGACCGCACCAACAUCUACGGUCGCCUAGAGACCUUUCUCAACAGUUUUGGCUACGAUGGCCAGGCCUGCACCUUGAGGACUCUCUGUGAGAUAGCCGAGUCGCCCUUCGAAAACAGCCUUUAUGGUGAAGUAGUUAAUCUCGUCUUGUCGGCAUCAAGAAGUCCCAUCGAACACGCUGAAUACAACAAAUACAUGGCAGCAGAGUACUACGGCAAGACCUACGGCCAGUGUGACAGACUCUACCCGACCUGUCCAACCUCCUUCCUGGACAAAGUUUCCAACGCAUUCACCUGA